GUGGGCUUCAAAUAAAAGCCUUCGACGUGCUCUCAGCCUCCCAAAAAAAGGCAACCCAAAACUGGAAAUGUCACUCGAAGCAACGCAAAAGGUCCAAGGCCGGAAAGAACUUCAGGACUCGGCCGCCAUCAAGCGUGCCGUCUACGCCACCGCGGCAUGGGCCUCCAUCCUCCCCGAUACGGAAGCUAGGAAAGAAUGGACAGCGACCUUCAGGACUCGGAAUCCUGACAUCCCGGUGGCCAUUCUCAAUGCGACACUGGCGGAGCUCCUGACCGAAUGCCUGCUGAUAUCCGCAAAUUCCGCGAAUCCAAGAUCUGGGACCUCGGGCGGUGUCCAGCAGGAGGUGUCCUCGCCAUUACGAAGCUGUUCGAUCGAGGCCCAAGCGGCUUCGGAGUCACGCACUUGCUCGCACUGCGACGCGGAAUUGGAACUCCGCCAAACCAUUCACCGCUGCCUAACCUGUCGCGCUGCUUCGCCGGACGAUAAUGGCGACUUCUGUCUGAAUUGUUACAAUGCGAAGGGAGAUCACCAUCCCGAGCACCAUGAAUUUCGAAGCUUUGACCUUCCAGUUGAUAAAAUCAUCGCGAAAGCUCUCCCGAGAUUGCGUUGUCAUCGUGCAUCCGAAGCGAAGCCGGAUGAAGUUAUUGCAGUAGACAAUGCCUUCACCCAGGAGACGCGAGCACAACUCGCACAGACGCUGAAUAGCCUCGCGGAACGAACGCCUAUGGAGUUUCACCCUUGGACAAACGGGAAGGUGUUGGACGUUAUCCACCCGUCCUCGUCUCCAUUCGUUCUUGAUGAGACGUUUGUGAAAGGUGGACAGCGAAAACGGAGCGUGUCUCAGCCGUUGUAUCAAUGGUUACCGGCCGACGUCCACAUCAACGGGGAAGGGGAGGCUCGUAUCGUAUCGCGCAUCGGGGACCUGGUCAUGGAGGAGAAUGGCGAUCUUUAUGCGGCGAUGGAGCGCUCUCUGGCACACUGUGUCCCUUUGUGGGAGCGCACUACGUCCCGCACUCUCCGCGGGCAAGCCAUCCAGGUUAUUGUGAAAGCUGUCACUUACGCUCUAAAGUCUGGGGAGACGCAUGAAGGGCACUGGCAACGGGAAGGCCUCCCAAACGAGCACAUCCUCGCAUCCGCCGCCUACUGCUACGAAAGUUCACCCAACGUCAAGAACUUCGGUACAGCCUUCCGCUCCCGUCGGGGGUCGAUAGGAUGUCACGUGGAAGCCCACACUCGCGAUGCCCUGGAGGCCGCCGCCACCGAAUGUGGCGUGAACAUGGAAACGGAAUGGGAUGCCGGUCUUCGGGAAGACCUGAUUUCUGCGAUUCGCGCGAGGCACCCCUCGUGUGCCGAACCUACCUGCGAACUGGGCACCGUUGCGACGCACGCCAACCGGCUGGUUGUCUACAGCAACGCAUCGAUGCAACAUCGUUUGGCAGGAUUGAAGAACACGGAUAUAACGGACGGUCAACAAGUUACCGGCAUCGCUCAGCAGAAGACGGUAUCAUUCCUGCUUGUGGAUCCUUCUCAUCGUCUGCCGUCCACCGCCGACGUACCUGAUCAGCGAUGGGACGUAAACAAGCCAGAGGUGACCUGUUUACUGGACCGAGCAGCCGCCCAGGCCCUGAAACGGCCGCUACCGCUCGAGAUCCUCUCUAUGAUUGUCGACACCGCGAAAUGGGGAUUUACAUCAGAAGAAGCGCAGGUGCAUCGCUUGUGCAUGACAAGAGAGAGGAAGGACCAUGUGGACCACAUCAAUGAGAUUUGGGAAUCGAGUCCCGACGAAUAAUACACCGAGAGAGUUAUUUGCAUUAUUCCUACUAGAUCUGUAAUUUAUCGUGAUCCUUAUACCUAUAGACCUUUGAUUGGGACGACUCUAGAUCUGUAACUUAAAUAGAAUCACCUCUUCGAGGUCAAAGUUGGAAGUUUCGUGCGAAGUUUGUGGAAAACUGGCGGAAAUUAGCCUCCGGGGCAGAAGGUGGUUUUCGAAUUAAGCCGCCUAAUCAAAAGAAUCAUUGUGGCCAAG